ACAGGAGACCUACUUCUACUAAAACGCGAUUUUUUUUUUUCUUUUUUAGGGCUGUUUCACAAUUAUACAUUUCAAGUUUUAAUACUGCCUUUUUAUUGCCUCUUUCAAAGGACGCAAUUUGUAUGUUGGGAGCUCGAGCCCUGUGGAGGGAGACAGGACAACAGCUUAGAAUGCUUAGAAUGGAGUGCCUAGUGAGAAAGAUUAAAACCAGUAACUGGAUGUCUUUUAUUAAUAAUAGACACAUCCCAGCAGUACAUAGAACCACGAAACCAGUUUUGUUUCAGACUUUAUCAAGUGUUGAAAAUAUUAAUCAAGAACAUGACUUCACUGUAAACAGUAAAGAAGGAUUUAAACUGUACGAGCAUCACAUUCAAACAUCAUUUAUCCAAAAAGCAAUGCUGGCAGCUGGAUCUGCAUUUAUGGGCUUGUAUGAUCCCACACGUCAAGACAUGAUAGCCGCCUUAGGUGAGACCACAGGAUACCCAGCACUUAAAUGGAUGCACUCAAGAAUGCUAAAUGAUCCUGUUGGAUCUGAAAUACUAAGGGUUAAGCCACGUAUCACUGGAAAAACAGCACCAAUCAUUGAACUAAGGAAUCUACCUGAUGGUACUUUAGGGAGAGAGUAUGCAAGGUUUAUGGAUAACAAUAAAAUAUCUGCUGAUACAAGAACUGCAGUAAAAUUUGUUGAUGAUAAGGAAUUAGCAUAUGUUAUGCAACGAUACAGAGAUGUGCAUGACUUCGUACAUACCCUUAGUGGUAUACCAACAGUAAGCAUUGCAGGUGAAAUUGCUGUCAAAUGGUUUGAGUUCACUCAGACUCAGCUGCCAAUGUGUGCACUUGGUGCAAUGUUUGGCCCUUUGAACAUCAAUGUCACUGUCAAAGAAAGAAGAGAUUUACUUAUGCACUACAUUCCUUGGGCUGUUUCUGCAGGGUUACAAGCAAACUUUUUCUUGAACGUGUUUUAUGAAAAACGGUUUGAGGAUCCAAUAGACUCUAUAAGAGAGGAACUAAAUCUGAUUCAAGCACCCAAAGUCUAAGGCUUUUAAUUUUGUUUUCUAAUUAUGCAGUUAUGUAUAUACAACACGCAGAUCAAAUUCUUAUGUUUCAURAACUAUAAGAUCUAAAGGGAAGCAUGGGUAAUGUACAAUGCUAAUGUGUAGCCUCUCACUAAUGUGACCCAGGCUUGAGUCCCACUGCUCUUGGUGAACGUAGCGGGUGUGUAAGACAAUGUAAAACAAUCAAACUCUACACCCAGGGGGAGGGUACUCUUGCCUGUUUAGGGUAGGGAUGUGUCACUGAGCCCUCUGAAAUUCAUGCCUUGUUCCAGAGGAAAAUCGCUGAAAACCAUACCCUGUUGUAUUUUAAAAACCUGUUCCAGUACUUGCAAAAAUAGAUACCCUUGUUCCAGAGAGAGAGCAUGAUUUAUAUACCCUGCUCCAGAGAGCAAGCAUGAUUUUACAUUACCCUGUUCCAGAGUAGAACAGAUGAAAACCAUACCCUGUUUUGCCGCACAUUCCUGUAUAGUGAAUGUGGGAGAGUUCCCCAGUACCCCUACCACCCCCUAGGAUUGUAGAAGGAAUUCAAAAACAAUGCUAAACAAAUGCUAAGCCAAUGCAAAACCUAGACUGCACGAGAAUGGUAACCUGACCCUUUUACAAGUAAACAAAUAGAUAGCCAUCCUCAUUUUUCUCAUGGGAAUAAAAAUCUUGAUUUGUU